CUGACUAAUCCCAUGCCUGUACAACCCACACUACUGCUAUGCUAAAGACCUUGUAUUGCGCUCUAACACACCCUACCAAAAAAAAAACGGCCUAUCUCAUACAUAACAGUACAGCUGCAGUGGAACACUGCGUUUCAAACUAAACUGGUUAUCCAGCUUGACAUCAAAUCUGGAAUAAUGUCUUUCAGCAACCAUGCCGGUGGUUGUAGCGACUCUUUGCCACUGGUUCUGUAUAUCCACGUAAGUACGACUUCUGCCCAGCAGGACACUCGACAGAAGGUGUACGAAAACACAUCGGCGGCUGAUGACUUCCCACAGUUCGAGCUACGCACAGAGACCGUGGCUGGUAGUGCAGUCUUUGAUCAAAUGAUGGCCCUCUUCUGGACCCGAAUCACAGCAGAGGACUUCCGGAGACUGCAGAUGAUCAUCAUCAAUGGAUACGGCCAGGCCAACACAGGAUGCCUUGGAGAUAUGGAGUUUACUGGAGCCUAUCUCAAACUAAUUCUACUGUCACUUGUACACAGGUUCUCCCCAGAAACCAUCAACAACAACCACAAGGGUCAUGGGAUUGUCGUGGUCUGUGCACAGUGCUACAGUCAUACAUUCGUUCAGCAUGCUAAGUGUGUUCCUGCUACCGAUCCUGUUUUUCACUUCGUACCCCUGACAACCGCUUACCAACCGUACUUGGUCAACCCCGAGCUGCCCGAGAAAAUGCCCUUUGUCAAGUGGGACAUUCGAAGCUUCUUGAAGAGCCUGUUGCUGUCACCAAGACGGAGCAUAAGCAGUGAAGAUUACGUACUGGGUCCUUCCCCCACGUCCCCUCGUACCAAUACUCCUAGGUCGGCUAGCCGGACUGGUAGUGACAUCACACAGUCGCCUACAUCCAGCCCUUGGAACCGGUAGAAAGUAGUAACCUUGUUUCAUUGCCCAAUCUGAAUGGUGACUAACAUAAGAAUAUAUAUGUGGGCCGAACAUGUAAUGUGUUAACCCUAAAAGGGCCGGGGGCGGAAUCCGCCCCCCCCCUCAGGUUUUUCCGCGAUAGCAUUGAAAAAAA